AUGGUUCAAUCCAAUAUUAUAAUCGCAGUUAUUCUUGCUGCACUUUCCUCUCAAUAUCCGUUGUUGUGUGAAGAACAGUCAACAAAUAGGAAGAAUUUGAUCACUAAUGAUCUCAUCGGGUGGGUUUUUGAUUGCUUUCUUUACUUAAUUGCAUUCACUUUAGAUUUCUUCAAGAAACGCCAAGAUAUAUUCAAAGCUUCAGAACUUUAG